GGUUGUCUGGUGAGAAUGGGUCCCAGUCCAACUUUCGAUCAAUUUGGGACUUCACCAACCCCCGACCGGGGUGGCAAGCGGUCCAACCCGGAUUUUCGACUUCAUAUAACCCCUUUGCAUUUCUUCUUUCCACUCAGGUUUCCAAUUCAAAGGAAAUUGAAACUCGCUCAGGUCCAUAAACAAAGGAAAGCAAAGAGAAAGAAGCUUUUCAUUUCAAGGGUUUUAGCAAUGGCAACCAAUACACAAGACCAGCAAUCUCAGGCUGGUAGGCACCAGGAAGUUGGCCACAAGAGCCUUUUGCAAAGUGAUGCUCUUUACCAGUAUAUCCUCGAGACCAGUGUGUAUCCGAGGGAGCCUGAACCCAUGAAGGAGCUCAGGAAGUUGACUGCCAAGCACCCAUGGAACCUUAUGACAACAUCAGCCGAUGAAGGCCAGUUCUUGAACAUGCUUCUUAAGUUGAUCAAUGCCAAGAACACCAUGGAGAUUGGUGUCUACACUGGCUAUUCUCUCUUAGCCACUGCCCUUGCUAUCCCUGAUGAUGGAAAGAUCUUAGCCAUGGAUGUUAACAGAGAAAACUACGAGCUGGGUCUGCCAGUAAUCCAAAAGGCUGGUGUUGCACACAAAAUUGAUUUCAAAGAGGGCCCUGCUUUGCCUGUUCUUGAUCAAUUAGUGGAAGAUGAAAAGAACCACGGAUCCUUUGACUUCAUCUUUGUGGAUGCUGAUAAAGACAAUUACCUAAACUACCACAAGAGGCUAAUUGAGCUGGUGAAAGUAGGCGGUUUGAUCGGCUACGACAAUACCCUAUGGAAUGGAUCGGUGGUAGCACCACCCGAUGCGCCUCUCAGGAAGUACGUUAGGUAUUACAGAGACUUCGUCAUGGAACUCAACAAGGCUCUUGCUGUUGAUCCCAGGAUUGAGAUCUGCAUGCUCCCGGUUGGUGAUGGCAUCACCCUUUGCCGUCGCGUCAAAUGAACAACCCUCACCACCACCAAAGCUUGACCCACCUCUUACAUUCGGCACAAAAAAGUUGACACCCACCUUCUUUUUCUUUCCUCAUCUUUAUAUUGUGUAUGUUUAUUUUUAUCAUAAUGCACGGUGGGUGGAUGAUUGAAGAAUGCCAUAUUUUUUAAACAUGAUCUGACGUAUCGAAUCAUAAUGAUUCUCAGUAUUAUACACCAUGGUGGGCGACCGUUCUAACUUGGUUGUAUAAUUGCGUGGUUUCCUUCCACCCACCACUAAAGGAAAAAACUUUAUGUUUCAUUCAGACAGAAACGGGUACUUCUCAGUUUUUACUUCCAGUAAUCAACUUUUUAAUUUUCUCUUAAAA